UUUCCCAAGUCUCUGCGCAUCUUUUUAUGGCUCAUUUUACCUCACAAGAAUCCAUGAUGUUUGUACUCACGCGUCAGCCGUGGACAAUGGGCUCGGACAAUCUCCUCAUUGAGUGGAUAGACCCAGCAGAUGAAUCCAAGACAAAGGAAGACUACAAGUUUGAGCACAUCUAUGUGAAUGUUCGAGUUUAUGGAAUACCAAGAAAUCACAGGUCCCUUCAGCUCCUGCAGCAAAUCCUCUCUACUGUUGGAAAGCCGUCUGAAUUUCAUCCUUUGCAAGAAAGCAUGUUGUUUGCUAGAUCAGACUAUAUUUGGGGAACUACUAAGGUUCGUAUUCAGGACUCAAUUGUGGACAAAAUCAGCUUGACGUUGGAUGAAAAGACCACUAAAAUGGCCUAUCUUCAUUAUGAAAAGAUUGGCAGAAUCUGCUUGUUUUGUGGAGUAAUGUUUCAUACAGUUCAACACUGUCAGAAGAGAAAUGACAUUAUUAUGGCGAGGGUGAGAAGUGGAGAAUCAGCAGAAGACAUCCCAUUUUUCAGAUAUGGAGAAUGGAUAAUGGACACCAGAAAAAUUCCCCUGCAGGUUACUGAAGAAGAAAGAGUUGCAAACCCCAUUCUAAGUUGAUUCCAAAGAAUGUUUCAGGAGGACUAUGGAAAAGAAAAGGGCAAAGCAGUCCGAGGGAAAGCGGAUCUGAUUCUUAGAUUGACUCCAGCCCAUUUUAAUUUGGGUCAAACAGCCAGAGGGGAGUUUCUUGUGGGUCAGUCUUCUUCAGCACCUAAUCCUAUAAUUAGAGAUCAACAUCUUUUAAGUACUGGCAGCACUGCUCCAACUUCCACUGCCACUACUGCUAACAAAAUCGUUCAGAAUAAUAUUGCUGAGAAGGGACAAUUCACAAGUACUGGUAGCAUCGAAAUAUACAAGUCAUCUCCAGAUAACAGGCCUGGACUACAGGACUUUGAUAUGGAGGAACUGCAUUACUCAGUGGGUGAAGAAGCAACACUAAUUCAACAUACUCAGAAUGGGCAGCGGCAGGGUCUGCAAAUGUCCCAUCUUCAUAUGCAAAAUAACCCGACUAUUCAGGCGCCUUCUCACUUAGGACAAGAAGGUAGACUACAGAUGCCAGUUCAAAACAGAGAUCCAUCAUUGGCUUCUAAAGAGAAACAUGUUCACAUUAACCAACCCUAUAAACUCUCGGGCCUCAUCACUAAUUCUCCUUCCCGUCCCACACCCACUUCUCCAAAUAUCCCAUCCAAAAGAACUUAUCCUGCUGGUCAUCUUCCACAGUUGCAGCUGCUCAAGAGAACCACCACUGAUUGCGCUCGCAAUAUUUUGUCACAGCUAAUCGAGACUGGCCAAGGAAAUACAAAGAGAGGAGAUGAAUUACAAGAUGUGAUGCAUGCUGAGGCUACUAGUGGUGAUGGAGGGCAGGAAAAGGGGGCAGCAGUACACACUGAUAGAGGACAAGAAACAGAAGACAAUCAUGCAAGUCAUGGAGGGCCAGAGAGAGGAGAAGAAGUAGAAACUAGAAGAGGAGGAAAUCUGAGACAACAGCAUGUAGGUCGUCCUAGCGGGUGGGAUAUUCCACCCCGUGGAUUUGAAGUUCUCGAUGCAAAUCUCCAAGGGGGUGUCUUUGGGUUUGGCUCUUCUGCAGAUCGUUGUUAUGGCUCAUCAAGGAAAAUGGGUGUGGGUUCUUCUAUGCGCAGAAACAAACGCUACACCAUGGAGCAAUUGGGUCGCCCCUAUCCCCCUCCAUGCAAAAGAGUAGAGCCAGCAAUGAAACCUACUGAGAGUGAUCCUUCUGCAAACAGACUUCCUUGUGUUUCAUCGCCAGAUUCGAGCGAAGCAUCCGUUAACUCUCGUGUCGAAGCUAUCUCACCUAGUCACACUGUUGAUUACCACCAAACGGGUUUGAAUGUUAAUCUGGGAGAUUAUAGGUCUGAUACUCCAACCUCCUUAAAAGGUGAUAGUGGGCCUAUCUUGAUGGUACAUGGGGACACUGUGAUUGAGUCAGAAUCUCUACGUGGUGAAAAUAUGGAGUUGGAUAGGGCAGUGGUGCCAACCCAUAAGGCACCACGGGCGCCAUGAAGCUUAUAGCUUGGAACUGCCGAGGCAAAGGCAAGGGCCUAGGCAGUGCAAAGAUGACCUACCUUGCCAACCUUAUGCGCUCUACUAGUGCUCAGGCCUUACAUGCGCACAUCCUAUCAGCAAGACGAAGGCGAUUUUACUUAUAGCAUCCCAGAUAAAAAAGAGAUUCUGGAGACCUUAAAAGCCAUGAAAAGGAAUGCUUCAUCGGGACCAGAUGGAUUCAAUGUGGAGUUCUACUUAGCAGCAUGGGAAUGGAUAGGUGAUGAUAUAACCAAGGGCAUGGAAGGACAUCUGCACCCCAAAAGUAGAAGGGGGUCUUGGAGUCAAGAACAUCCAAGCAGUUAACAAAAGCCUAAUCCUGUCGGCGGCUUGGAGAAUUGCAGACGAACCACAAAGUUUCUUGUCAUAGGUACUUAAAUCUAAAUAUUUUCCUGAGACUUCUAUUUGGAGAGCAAAAAGCAACAUUCCAAAAUCAGGUUUUUAGGCUUCAAUUCUUAAGGUAAGACACAUUCUUCAAUCAAAUUCAAUCUAUCAAAUUCUUGAUGGCAAUUCCUCCAUUUGGAGCACUCCUUGGUUUCCUCAUUGGCAAUCUAUUUAUGAGCACUUGAAAAUACAAUCGGGGCAUUAUGUCUAUCCUUCUCAGAUCAAGGAUUUGUGGAACCAAAAUCAAAGAACAUGGAAUGCUAGACUUAUUUAUAAUCUUUUUGAUCAUGAGGUGUGUAACAUCCCGGAUAUAACUUUCCCAAUUUGUACUUCAACCUUUGCCGUUUCCGGCGUUAAGUUAUUUUAUUUUCUCGG